CGUGGCUCGUGGCCGCCAUCUUGUGUGGCAGGCAGAAGGAGCGGAGAGGCGCUCGGGCCCGGAGAAGAGAGGAGGAAACGGAGACGCCGCCGCCGCUGCUGCUGCCAUCUUCGCCGUCACCUUCGCCAUGGUGCUCUUGGCAGCUGCCGUCUGUACGAAAGCCGGAAAGGCGAUCGUCUCACGCCAGUUUGUAGAGAUGACACGGACCCGCAUUGAGGGGCUGCUGGCAGCCUUCCCCAAGCUCAUGAACACAGGGAAGCAGCACACAUUCGUGGAGACAGAGAGUGUCCGCUACGUCUACCAGCCCAUGGAGAAACUCUACAUGGUCCUGAUCACCACAAAAAACAGCAACAUCCUGGAGGACCUUGAAACUCUCCGGCUUUUCUCUAGAGUGAUCCCAGAAUACUGUCGAGCCCUGGAGGAGAAUGAGAUCUCUGAGCACUGCUUUGAUCUGAUAUUUGCCUUCGAUGAGAUUGUUGCCCUUGGCUACCGGGAAAACGUCAACCUGGCCCAGAUCCGCACUUUUACUGAGAUGGACUCUCAUGAGGAGAAAGUCUUCAGAGCUGUCCGUGAGACUCAGGAGCGGGAGGCCAAGGCAGAGAUGCGUCGGAAAGCCAAGGAACUGCAGCAGGCCCGAAGGGAUGCUGAGCGCCGGGGCACCAAAGCACCAGGGUUUGGUGGUUUUGGAAACUCUGCCAUGUCAGGAGGCAGCACAGCUGCCAUGAUCACCGAAACCAUCAUUGAGACGGAGCGACCAAAAGUGACUCCAGCACCUACCAGGCCAUCUGGUUCAAACAAGGCACUCAAGCUUGGCGCAAAAGGGAAGGAAGUGGACAAUUUUGUGGACAAGCUAAAUUCUGAAGGAGAAAACAUUGUCACUUUGGUUGGCAAGCGAUCCUCAGAAGCAGCCACUGUUCUAGCUCCACCCAUCAACAUGGAGAGUGUGCACAUGAAAAUAGAGGAGAAGAUCUCGCUCACCUGCGGCCGGGAUGGAGGGCUGCAGAACAUGGAGCUCCACGGCAUGAUCAUGCUGCGGAUCCUGGAUGAAAAGUUUUCCCGGAUUCGCAUCCAUGUUGAGAACGAGGACAAGAAAGGGGUGCAGCUCCAGACUCACCCCAAUGUUGACAAGAAGCUUUUUACGGCAGAGUCCUUGAUUGGCCUGAAGAAUCCAGAGAAGUCUUUCCCCAUAAAUAGUGACGUGGGAGUCCUGAAGUGGCGGCUGCAGACCACAGAGGAGACAUUCAUUCCACUGACAAUUAACUGCUGGCCAUCAGAGAGCGGGAGUGGCUGUGAUGUCAACAUUGAGUAUGAGCUGCAAGAGGAGAACCUGGAGUUAAAUGACGUGGUGAUUGCCAUCCCUUUGCCGUCCAACGUGGGUGCUCCUGUGAUUGGCGAGAUUGAUGGCGAGUAUCGCCAUGACAGCCGGAGAAACAUCCUCGAGUGGUGCCUGCCUGUGAUUGAUGCCAAAAACAAGAGCGGCAGCCUGGAGUUCAGCAUCAACGGGCAGCCAAAUGACUUCUUUCCUGUGCACGUCUCUUUCGUCUCCAAGAAGAACUACUGCAACAUCCAGGUUACCAAAGUGACCCAGGUAGAUGGGAACAGUCCUGUGAGAUUCUCCACAGAGACCACCUUCCUCGUGGACAAGUAUGAGAUCCUGUAACUUUUGCUGCAGAGAAGCAGCAAGCAAGACUUUGAGGCUGUCGUCUCUUGGGAGAGGGAUGCAACCCUUUCUGUGUCAGGGGACACUGACAUGUUUGCUCGCCCACCAACAUUUCCAAGGUCACAGCCAGUCAGGCAGGGAGAGGCUGCUUGCUUCUCUGGUUCAGCCAGCCUCCCUACUCCUUAGGCACACUCCUCCUCCUCCUCUUCCUCCUGUGCUUUAAUUCACAGUAACUUUCCCCUUCCCUGUCCCCAAGGCAUCCCUUUUCAUUACCAAUUCCUUACUCUGAUGGGAGGUGAGUGGCUCUUAAACCCAGCAUCAUUGGUCAAGGGAGACCAGCCUGGACAUCCAGCAACCUCUAACCUGGCAGGAAGCAGAGGUCAGCCCCUGGCACCCCUUUCCCUGCACCAGGUGCUGGGUGAGGGAACCUUUGGCCCCACUGCUCCUGACUGUCCACUUCCUGGACUGUUCUCUGAAGACACUUCACUCUCUUGAAGCUGCUGCCUGUCCAAAGGAGGAAGAAGAAGCAACUGUCUCUGAUCCUUCCUGCUUGGGAAUCCCUUGAACUGCCCAUUGAUUGGGGCAGGCGGAGGCGGUGGCAGGCACUGACUUCCCAAGUGGCUUUGGGCAUGUGCCAGUUUGUGCCCACCUGUUAAGAGAAGUCACCAGCUUCUCCCAUUGCUGCCUCAUUGCUGAUGUCACCCUUUCAAAAAUGGUCCGGGGGUGGGUGGUCUAGGCCUGUACUGUAGGAGUAGCUAUGAAUCUUAUUGAUCCAGCUGUGUUCAAGAAUUGUCUUGUCUGAUUUUUAAAAUGGAGUCAAGUUUAGUUCCACCAAAGGAGGCUUUUUUGUUUCUUUCUUAAAUUACAUUGAGGAGGGUGGGGGAAGAGUGAUAUUUAAAUAAGAUUUUGUAACCCUGUAACAUAAAGAGCUAGGGCCUAUAACACAUUCCAGUGUACACAAAAGAAUCCCUGCCCCUGAAUCCAAUAAAGACUAUUCUAAAAUGA